CAUCGUCACUUGAUGGCACUGAAGCUGUUGGUGAAAUGAAGUUUUAAGAAAAAAGGGGAGACGUUGAAGUCCCGCCCAUCUGCUUUGCUGAUUGGCUGUUGCGUCUAAUCUAAGUGUCUGAUUGGCUGUUUCGCUGGUGCUGGGCGUUUUAAGCGGAGUCAGGAAAAGGAAGAGAAGAGUAAAGAGAUUGUCGCUAAAAAAAAUAUGUAUUAAAUGGGGAAAAUUAAGACCAGUUGACAGUUAAGUUGAUGUUAUUCUGCCAUGAGAAGAGUCACACUGUUUGUCAACGGCACGUCCUCAAAUGGAAAGGUGGUGGCCGUGUACGGCUCCCUGGAGGAUUUACUGUCUGUGGCCAGUUCAAAGCUGGGGAUAAGAGCCUCUAGUGUUUAUAACGGGAACGGCGGCCUCAUAGACGAUAUCACACUCAUCAGAGAUGAUGAUGUGCUGUACAUAUCAGAGGAAGAUUCAUUUGAAGAUCCUCAGUACGACGUCGGAGGCCCUGAAAACUGUCAGACUCACACUGACUGGCUGACGCUCAACGUGGGUGGACGCUGCUUCACCACCACGAGGAGCACACUGGUCAGUAAAGAGCCUGAGAGCAUGCUGGCCCACAUGUUCAGAGAGAAAGAUGUUUGGGGCAACAAGCAGGACUCACAGGGAGCGUACCUGAUAGAUCGCAGCCCAGACUACUUUGAACCCAUCCUCAACUAUCUGAGACACGGACAGCUGAUCAUCAACGAAGGGAUCAACCCGCUGGGUGUCCUGGAAGAGGCUCGAUUCUUCGGUAUCGAACAGCUGGCUGAGCAGCUGGAGAACCUCAUAAAGGCCUCUCAGCCCCCUGAAGACCACUCUCCCCUGAGCAGGAAGGAGUUUAUUAGAUUCCUGUUGGCCACCACGACCAAGUCAGAGCUGCGAUGUCAGGGUCUGAACUUCACCGGCGCUGAUCUGUCUCGUCUGGAUCUGCGCUACAUCAACUUCAAGAUGGCCAACCUGAGAGGAACCAACCUGACCCACGCCAACCUGAGCGGAGCAAACCUGGAGAGGGCGGACCUGUCCCUGGCUUCUCUGGAUGGAGCCAACCUGCAGGGUGUGAAGAUGCUUUGCACCAACGCUGAAGGAGCUUCACUGAGAGGCUGUAACUUUGAGGAUCCUGCUGGAAUCAAAGCCAACCUGGAGGGAGCCAACCUGAAGGGUGUAGACAUGGAGGGAAGUCAGAUGACGGGUAUCAAUCUGAGAGUCGCUACACUGAAAAACGCCAAACUGAAGAACUGCAAUCUGAGAGGAGCAACACUGGCUGGGACGGACCUGGAGAACUGCGACUUGUCAGGAUGUGAUCUUCAGGAGGCCAAUCUGAGGGGCUCCAACGUGAAAGGAGCCAUCUUUGAGGAGAUGCUGACUCCUCUGCACAUGUCUCAGAGUGUGCGUUAAACAAGUCUUCCACACACACGCAGCUUUAAAUCACAACACACACUCCCGUUUGUUCCUCUGACGACGACCAACGAAUGACAACAAACUUUGUAUUUAGUUUAGAUUUUUAUACAUCAUGUCAGUUAUGUUAUUUUUAUCAUGUCAUUCAGUCUUACUAAAUGAACUCCACAGGGCUUCUGAAUGUAGGUUUUGAUUGCUUAUGAAAGUAAUAAGUGUUAAACACAAGAUGAUGAUAUUCAUAAGCUUUCAAAAUGAGUUUUAAAGUCGUUUGAAAUACAUUUUAAUACAUGUAAUCAAAGCACUGCUGACUACUGUAAAAAAUCAUCAUAAUUUAAAUACCUGCAGUGAGAAAUAUACAUUUUAAACUGCAGUGGGACACAAGUCACAAGACUUAAAUGUGAUGAAAUGAUGGUGAGAUUUUGAUAUUUUGUUACAUUUUUUUAUGUCUCAUUCCAUAAAUUCCAAAUAGUCGCUGCAACAUGUUAUUACAGCUGUUAUUACCUCUGGCUGCUGGUGAAGGGAUUUCAUUUUAGAAAAUAAACAGGAUGUGUGUUUUGACUGGAAACAUAAGUGUUUUCUGUUCAGAGAGGAUGAUGAAAUAUUAUUAUGUGAAACUAUUUGAGACUUAAGAAAUACACAAAAAAUACAUGACGCAGUGUUUUCAGUCUCUACGUGUGACCUCUGACAUCAAGACAGGUGCUUACUGAAACCUUUCUGCCCUGUUUUGUACUUAUUUUUUUAUUAUUAUUAAAUUAGUCGCCUUGCAUAUCAGUGUCAAUGUAAAGAAUAGUGUGUACGUUUAUAUCGAACUGUUGAACUACAGUAGAAAUGUCAAAACAAGCAUCUGCUCGUUAAACUGCUGUUUUUUUGUUUUUUUACACAUGAUGUUCAGUUAUUACUGUGGUAACAGGAGAAUGUAUAUUUUAGUAAAUCUCUGCUGAAUGUUGGUGUAUUUAUACGUGUUUUGUCUUAAUUCAGUGUACGUCAGAAACUGUAAACUGGUGUGAAAUGUUGAAAUGAGAAAAACCACUGAGGUGCUAAAAACCCGAACCGUCUGUUUCAGUCUCUCCUGCUGUUCUGAUUCGUUUUUAUCACCCUGAUGUUUAAUAAAUGUUCUCAUGAAA